AGCUGAGGGCUGGGAGUGGGUGAAGCGCCUGGAAGAAGAUUGUGAGGAACGGAGACGCUAUGGGAACGCUGUUCGGUCUCUGCGAGCUUUCGCUCCGGAGCUUCAAUAUGCGUCUUUACGCAUCUCGCCUGUUCACUUUUUACUGAAACAAUGCCCAUUCCUUUCUUCCCUUGUGCCUCCUCAUGCUGAAGCUAAGGAGAACUUGGAAAGCUUAGAUCCGACCGAGGCGCGACAUUGGAGAUGGCGAGUACCUGGUUAAAAUGGCAAGUGAUCACCUGCAUUCUAUCGAGCUGUGUUUGGGAUCGAGUGGCCGGCCAGAUUCGGUACUCGAUUCCCGAAGAACUGAAGCACGGGGCGUUCGUUGGGAAUAUCGCCGACGAUUUGGGAUUGAAUGUGAGAGAACUGUCCGCUCGCAGGUUCCGCAUCGUGCCCGGUGCCAACACACGGUUCCUGGAGGUGAACCUAGAGAAUGGGGUCCUCUUCGUGAAUGAGAAGAUGGACAGGGAGCAGCUGUGUGACCUGAGCCCCAGCUGCUUCCUGCAUUUGGAGAUUGUGAUUGAAAACCCACUGGAGCUGUACCGAGUGGAAGUGGAGAUCCUGGAUGUGAAUGACAAUUCUCCCGGGUUCCCGUGGAGGGAGUUCCGUUUGGAAAUCGCCGAGUCGGUGGCUGUCGGGGCGCGUUUCCCGCUGGAGAGCGCACACGAUCCCGAUGUCGGCACCAAUUCUCUCCAAACCUACCGGCUCAGCCCUAACCCGUACUUCAGCCUGGAGGUGCAGACCCGCAGCGAGCGCAGGAAAUUCCCGGUGUUGGUGCUGGACAUGCCUCUGGACCGGGAGAACCAAGCGCUCCACCAGUUGGUGCUGACUGCCCUGGACGGUGGAUUCCCAGGGAGAUCCGGCACCGCUCUGCUCACCGUGGUCGUCCUUGAUGUUAACGACAACGCGCCGGUCUUUGACCAGGCUGUGUACACGGUCUGCCUGGUGGAGAACGCUCCGAUAAAUACUUUGGUGAUUAAACUUAACGCCACCGAUUUGGACCAAGGCUCAAACGGAGAGGUGACUUACUCCUUUAGUCGUCAUGCGCCAGCGAGAUUGCGCCAAUUAUUCCGGGUAGAGCCCCAAACCGGCGAAAUUCGGGUGCAAGGGGUGGUAGAUUAUGAAGAGGCGAGCGUUUAUGAGAUUUAUAUCCAGGCCAAGGAUAACGGUCCCCACACAGCGGCUGUGCAUUGUACUGUUGUGGUAGAGGUUAUUGAUGUCAAUGACAAUGCCCCCGAGGUCACCCUCACUUCUGUAUCCAGCCCGGUCCGGGAGGACGCUUUACCGGGGACUGUCAUCGCCCUGAUCAGCGUCAGCGACCGGGAUUCUGGCGCUAACGGGAAAACCAGCUGCCACAUCCCGGCUCAGGUCCCCUUCAAACUCCAGUCCUCUUUCACGAACUAUUACACGCUGGUCACCAGCGAGAGGCUGGAUCGUGAAAGCGUGCUGGAGUAUAACGUGAAUUUAACAGUUACCGACUCCGGCUCCCCUCCCCUUUCCACCGUCAAAACCGUCCCGGUGAAGGUUUCCGAUGUGAACGACAACGCGCCCCGUUUUGCACAUCCUUCCUACACUGUUUACCUGAUGGAGAAUAACGCGCCGGGCGCUUCUAUCUGCUCAGUGUCUGCCCUGGACCCAGACCUUGAUCAGAAUGCCUAUGUGUCCUAUUGCAUCUUAAACAGCAAAGUCAGGGGCACCCCUAUCUCCACGUACGUCUCUAUCAACCUGAACACGGGCAAUCUGUACGCACUGCGCUCCUUUGACUACGAGCAACUGAAGAAGUUUCAGGUGUUUGUUCAAGCUUGGGACGCCGGCUUCCCGUCUCUUCACAACAAUGUGACGGUGAACGUGAUCAUCCUGGACCAGAACGACAAUGCGCCGGCCAUCGUAUCCCCGCUGCCCCUCAACGGCUCGGCCGAGAUGGUGCCCCGUUCCGCCGAUCCCGGUUACCCGGUGGUCAAGGUGGCGGCGGUGGACGCCGAUUCGGGCCAGAACUCGCGGCUCUCCUACCAGCUGUACCGAGCCACCGAACCCGGUCUGUUCAGCAUCGGCCCGUUCACUGGGGAAAUCCGCACUAGCCGCCGCUUUGAAGAGCGCGACUCCAACAAGCACAGGCUGGUGGUUCAUGUUACAGACCACGGGAAGCCUCCGCUUUCCAGCUCGGUCACUAUCAAUGUCUUCGUCGUUGACAGUCUGCCGGAGAACUUCUCAGAUUUGACCGAGAGGCCCCAGGGCAUCGAACACUUCUCGGAGUUCAACCUUUAUUUAAUCGUCUGUCUGGGCUCCAUCUCCUUCGUGUUCCUGGUGGCCAUUAUCGCCUUGAUCUCUAUUAAGUGUCACAGAAGGAGCAGACACGGGACCCUGGGCAGGCGCUGCUCUCUGAGAGCCUGUUGUUGCUGCUCCGGGCCAUCCCGCUGCUGUCUCCGGAGAAAGCCCACCCGGGCCGUUCUCAACAACUCUCACACCAACUUCCAACUGCCUCCUAGUGUCAAAGGGCCGCCCAGCUGUAUGGAGGUAGGCGGCAGCGGCUCUCUUUCCCAAACCUAUUGCUACAAAGUGUGUUUGAGUCCCGAAUCGGCUAAGACCGAUUUAAUGUUCCUCAAACCGUACAGUUCACCACCUCCAGCCGCGGGUGGUAACUCGAAACCUGCUAACCCCUACGUGAGUGCGUGGAGGAGGCAAAUCUCAGGUGGGGCAAACUUAGCAACAAAUGGAUCGAGCGAGACCAUAAUGGCGUAAUAACACGCCACUAUUCCCAGGAGCGGUCAGCCAAGGUCAGUCUGUGAGCUGUGGACAAUUUGGAACCACGAUCAAGCAAUUGGACGUACAUUAUUAUAAGAUGGGUUGCCAAGCUUACCAUCCAGCCGACCUACUAAUGGAUAGAAGCUACGACCUCAAUCCAUUUGGAGAACAUGACAUGUAUUAAAGAUCCUAAGAAGAAAGUGGAUAAAAAUAAAAACAAUUGGAGCCUACGUUGAGGAUAACUUCAAUGGGAGAAUCAUUGAUGAUAAUGUAAAAAAGUAACAUUGGAAAUCGGGGUCCUUCAAUUUUGUUUUGGACGAAUUGUGGCUCCUUUUCAGGUUGAUUACCUGGACAUGUUUUUCGUUGGAAAAUUCAGUUUUUAUUGUCCAUGCAAAAUUCUCCGAGAGAAUGCGAGGUCUGUUCUUUGUGAACUAUUGCAGUCUUCUCUGCAUUUUAAGAAGGACAUUUACAACAGCCAGAAUGCUCUAAGAUUUGGAUUAAAUAAUUUCUCGAAAUGUUCAGUGUUAUUAAUCAUUAGAAGCAUACCAAGGUAUGUUUAAAAAGAACCAAGAACAGUUACAUGCAUUUGUGGAACUCUCAGUUCUUAGUGAUCCAAUGGUCAUUCAUCUUUUUUCAUCAAAAGUAGCAAAUUAUUGAAUUUUAACAUUAUAGUAUAGCAUGAUCUUCAUAGACGUUUUGAAUGGUACAAUGAUUUGGGGAAAAAAAUAGCCCAAACAGGCUCGGAAAUGCGACGAACUGAUCAGCCUUCUAUGUGGCCUCGAUUGAAAUGAUUAUUUUUGCACAUUCGUGCUGCACUUUAACGGGCUGAUGCUAAGUCUUAAUUUUAUUGCAGUGUUUGAGAGAUAUCAAUAAAGAAUUUGCACUGUUAUACUGAUAUGUCAGAGAUUCACUGGUUUUAAGGUUUGCAGUUUCAUGGUUUUACCAGGAGAAAAAAGAAAUAUGUUAAACUCACCAAUUCUCAUCUUUAGGAACUGUCUUAAAAUCGUGUUUUAAAAGAAGCAACAUCAAGUUACAAAUGAAUACUUGAAAUAAACUAUUCUCUCCAUGUUUCUAUCAGACGCCGCGAUACGAGAAGUUGCAAGUUCCUGCGUCGACGCGUCAAUUACAACAGAAAACGCGUUUAUUUUCUAGAAUUAAACUCGUGCAUUUUCUUUGCAAAAAAAAAUCUGUAUAUUGCUUUUAAGGUCACCAUUCUGCAAACGAAA